AAUAUUACCUUAAGAAUAAGCUUAUAAUUUACAUUGACAAUAUAUGUCAGCAUGGCAAGUGGAUCAUCAUCAAGUAAACAGAAACCGAGUUCUGGAGAACAUUUUGAGAAACUAGGACUGAACGAAUGGCUAUGGACACAGUGUCAUAAUAUGGGCCUUCGUCAGCCCACUCCUAUUCAAGUCAAUUGUAUCCCGCCAAUUUUAGAAGGAAAAGACUGCAUCGGAUGUGCUAAGACAGGGAGUGGUAAGACUGCAGCGUUUGCCUUGCCCAUUCUGCAGAAACUCUCGGAGGACCCCUUUGGCAUAUUUGCUCUGGUUCUAACUCCUACAAGAGAACUGGCCUUUCAGAUUGCAGAGCAGUUUAAUGUUCUUGGUAAACCAAUAAAUGUGAGAGUCACUGUAAUUACAGGGGGAUUAGAUAUGAUGCAGCAGGGCAUUGAUCUUCAAGUAAAACCCCACAUUGUAAUCUCAACCCCUGGACGACUCGCUGAUCAUUUGCAGAGUUGCGAUACGUUCAGCUUACGUAAAAUCAAGUUUCUUGUUUUGGAUGAAGCGGAUCGUCUGAUCGAGGAUGACUUUGGUGAGCAGCUGGAGACCAUAUUUAAGGUCCUCCCUAAGAAACGACAGACGCUGCUGUUCAGUGCUACAAUGACAAAGCACCUAAAGGAUUUACAAGAUGUUGCCAUGAAUAAACCUUUCUUCUGGCAGCAAAAGUCUGAGGUUGCAACUGUUGAGGGAUUAAAGCAGUAUUAUGUUCUGAUGCCAGCGGAUAUAAAGGAUGCAUACCUUAUGCAGAUUCUAGACAAAUAUACAGAAAUAAACAAGAAAAGUUCUAUAAUGAUCUUCACCAAUACAUGCAAGUACACACAGAUCUUAGGGAUGGUUUGCACACAGCUAGGACUCCCAUGUGUUGUGCUACACUCCAUGAUUCGUCAGAAGGAGAGGUUAGCAGCUUUAGCCAAAUUUAAAUCCAACCAAAUCAACAUCCUGAUAGCAACUGACGUAGCCAGCAGAGGUUUGGACAUUCCCACAGUAGACUUAAUUAUCAACCACAAUGUUCCCAACAAACCCAAGGACUACGUGCACAGAGUGGGACGAACAGCCAGAGCUGGUCGCUGUGGAACUGCUAUAACUUUGGUUACUCAGUUUGAUGUUCGCCUCGUACAUGCCAUUGAGGAGUUUGUUAAUUCCAAGAUGGAAGAAUAUGACACAAAAGAAAAAGAUGUAAUGAAAAUACUGGUUGAAGUAGCAACUGCUAAAAGAGAGGCAGAAAUUAGACUUGAUGAACGUGACUUCGGAGUCCAGAAAGAGAUCAACAAAAGGAAGAAAUUGUUGAUGGAAGGAAAGGACCCCGACGAGGAAGCCAGAAAGAAACAGAAAUAUGUCAGAGAGAAAAACCAGGAAAAGAAAAACAAAAGGACACAAAAACCCAAAUCUAAAACCUGAUGCCCUCAUAUGAAGGCUUCAGUGACCAGUGCAAUAUCAGCUCCCCAAUUCCUGGCAACUAUGGACUCAUCUCAUCUGUUGAUUGUUAGCACACAGUGACUGGCAAUUUCUUGAGAAAAAAUAUUUGUAUAAGUACACAUUGCAGAUCCAUACGUUGUGUGACUGUAUAGAAAAUUUUUUAAAAUUCCAGAGCAUGGUAUGACUAUAAGAUACUGAGAAUCUGUAUAAAUGAACAGAAACUAUUGAGUAGAAUAUUAAAAAUAUUAAAAUAACUUUGGAUAUGAGGUAAAUUUAUUUUCAAGUUUGUAAUCAACAUGUAAAUGAGGAUGCAGUAAAACACCCUUAUGUGCCAUGGACCGGCGAAUUUGCUUUGUUAUGUAUGUAAUUCAUUAUAUACGUUAGCUUCACAAUAUGUUUAAAUCCCAAGAUGAAUGAAAACCACUUCGCUAUAAGCAUCAAUUCGUUAUAAGUGUGUUCGCUAUAAACAUGUUUUACUGUAUAUUGAAUACAUCAGUUACAUGUACAUGGUUUACAUGUAUUGUAUAUGUAUUUUAGGAGGAAUAAGAUGGUCUUUAUUAUUGGUGUGCAUUUGUAUGUAAAUACAUUUGUAAUAUAAUUUGUUGUUUAUUUUUAUCUGUUCAAGAAUCUUUUCCCAAAUAUAAAUUUGACUUGCA